UAUACCACCCAAAUGUUAGAAUAUGAUAUUAGUUCUUAUCAAUAUAAAAUGGUCAAGUGGUUGGCAAACAUAAUCACUAAUCGCAAUGAUGAUAAAAUAUUCUUAAGGCUCAUCCCACAACCUUGGAAAGAUGAAUUGAGAUUUUGUCUGUACACAGAAAUCACGAUCGGUAUUCAUAGUGAUAUAAUACGAAGAAUAUUUUUUGAUAAAAUGGAAGAAGAAGGAUUUAAAAAUGAUGUUAAUGUUACUUUGACAUUUCUUUCAAGUACCAACUUAUUUGAAACUUACGCAUCUUCUUGUUUCGACGGACGUGGGAAGUUAUUACUAAAAGCUUUCGCUAAAGUGAUCAAAGAUGAUGAUGGGAAACUGGUCUACAGUAAAUUUGCUAGAAAAAUAUUUAUGAAAAUAUCACCGAGAGAUAUCGUUUCGGUUUUUAAUGAUAAUGGAUUUGACGGGAUACAAUCAGAUGAUUUUAGCUUUGAUCUAAUUAGAAAGUUUUUAGACUAUGCAAAGUCUUCAUCGAUUUUUAAACAUUUGGUUAAAAAAGCUUUUUCAGAAAUAUCGGGAUCUGAUAUAGAUAUUAUACGAAAACAAUUGUAUGGUAGUUUUUAUAAUUAUUCAGAAAAGAGGAGACUUGAUCUUUACAAUAGACUUGUAUCAAAUUAG